AUGACGCAGGAGCUUGUAGAUGCCUGGUGCCGAGACAUUGAACAGCGUCGACUUGUCAUGGAGGCCCAUGAUGCCUAUAAAAACUGGGAGCAAAUGAUGGCGGUUGUGUGUGAAAGAUCACCUGUUCAAAUCCUAUGCUUGGGCAUUGGGUCAGCGUCAGUGCCGGCUGCCCGGGAUCAAUGGGCAUUGUUGCAGGAUAUGCGCCAGCAUAUAAGCAAGCGCUGUGGAACACAACCUUUGGUUGUGGUAUUUGAUCCUCAAUUCGAUGACAUGGAUGUGGCGCUAGUGCAACGUCAACAAGCACAACUGCCACAGGAGAAUAACUGUGGUGCCUAUCAACUAUCGGAGCCCACGUUGGUAUACAUGCCGCAUUGUCCCAAAGAGCUGUACGAGGCACUUCUACGUGCCAACUGGAAAAAAGAAGCGCUGGAUCACAUCAUUCUUUGUGGGAAUGAACUCAGCCUGUAUUCAACAGAUAUGACUGCCUAUCCUUGCCUCGAGAGAAUCGCACCCUAUACGCACGCAUAUCCCGUACCAUCACUACCUGCAUCCACAGCCGGUGCACUGGAUGCAAGUAUGCAGGUGUUUUUUUCGCCGUGGCAGGAUAUGCCGGAUUCGAAGCCCGCCCAGACGUGGACCUAUCAGCCCGUUCGACGCAAAGCGCGAGCGCGACGUGCCCGAUCGAGUCUUGUGCGUGAACCAAUGCGCAUGGAAGAAGACGCCUUCUGGUCACUACCGCAGGCCAGGUUGGAGUAUGGUCCAGAGGUGCUGACCACACCGGUGAUGAAUACCACAAAAAUCGUGUAG